UUGUUUCCCAUAUCUAUCCAUCUUUACCCGCAUAUGCCAAGAAGAGCCCCGACAAAAGAAGAAAGAGGAGACACGGCGAGACAAGUUAGGUGGAUGUGCUCGUGGUGGUGGUACACGACAGCUUUCCGGAUGCCGGAGUUCACUCUCUCUCCGAUGUGGUCGAUCUUCCGGUGGCCUGAAGUCAAUCUCUCCUACCUCACAACAGGGUGGAGCAUCGGGAACUUCAGCUGGUGGUUGUAUUCGACUGUAUUUGAUGACAUGUUAUGGACCGUUGUUACUGUGUUGGAGUCUGUGGCUUUGGUCGCCAUGCUCUGCUGCUUCUUUGUCUUCUGUGGCUGUACCCUUUGAAUUAUUCAUUUCUUAAAUAUAUAUAUAUAAUUUACUUCA